AUGGCCAAGAUCAACACCCAAUACUCCCACCCCUCCCAAGACCAGCUGGCGGUAAGGAUCAUGGACAGAGAUCUCGAUCACGUUGAAAAUGGCAUCAGCCGUACCCUCUCGCUGGGUGAGGAGACAUUGUCAGAACUGCAGCAAGGGAUUGUCAUGGAGACCAGGCGACUGGCUAAAUCCCAGAGAAGUUCUUUCAGCAGCCAGAGGUCUGCCAGGGUGUCGCGACUCAUCGUCUCGCUGCGAGCUUGGGCGGCCAGGCAUUUACACCACGAGGACCAGCGACCUGACUCUUUCCUGGACCAUUUCCAGGGGGCUGAGCUCAAGGAGGUGUCCAGCCGAGAUAGCACCGCCCAGUCCAACCUGGGCAGCCAGGAGCCACCAAGCAGAGAGAAAAGCGUCUGGCCGCUGGCCAGAAGCAAUGCCAACACCUCCAACAACUCAGGGAAGGAGUAAAAAACUCGGAAAAAGGAGGCCGUGGUCGUGGACCCCUCCAGCAACCUGUACUACCACUGGCUGACCAUCAUUGCCUUGCCCGUCUUCUACAACUGGGGUAUGCUGGUGUGCAGGGCCUGUUUUGAUGAGCUUCAGUCCGAGCAUCUGAUGAUGUGGCUGGUCCUGGACUACUCGGCAGAUGUCCUCUAUGGCCUGGAUGUUCUGGUUCGAGCCCGCACAGGCUUCCUCGAGCAAGGCCUAAUGGUCAAGGAUGCUGAGAGGCUAUGGAAGCAUUACACGAAGACCAUUCACUUCAAGCUGGACGUGUUGUCUCUGGUCCCCACGGACCUGGCUUAUUUAAGGCUGGGCAUGAACUACCCAGAACUGAGGUUCAACCGCCUACUGAAGUUUGCCCGACUCUUUGAAUUCUUUGACCGCACGGAGACAAGGACCAACUACCCCAAUGUGUUCAGGAUCGGGAACCUGGUCUUGUACAUCCUCAUCAUCAUCCAUUGGAAUGCCUGCAUCUACUUUGCCAUUUCCAAGUUCAUUGGUUUCGGGACAGACUCCUGGGUCUACCCAAACAUCUCGAACCCAGAGUACGGGCGGCUCUCCAGGAAGUACAUUUACAGCCUUUACUGGUCCACCUUGACCCUGACCACCAUCGGUGAGACCCCAGCCCCCGUCAAAGAUGAGGAGUAUCUCUUUGUGGUCAUAGAUUUCCUGGUGGGCGUCCUGAUUUUUGCCACCAUUGUGGGCAACGUGGGCUCCAUGAUCUCUAACAUGAAUGCUUCGCGGGCAGAGUUCCAGGCCAAGAUUGACUCCAUCAAGCAGUACAUGCAGUUCCGCAAGGUGACCAAGGACUUGGAGAUGCGGGUUAUCCGCUGGUUCGACUACCUGUGGGCCAACAGGAAGACAGUGGAUGAGAAGGAGGUGCUCAAGAACCUCCCAGACAAGCUGAAGGCUGAGAUCGCCAUCAACGUGCACCUGGACACUCUGAAGAAAGUGCGCAUCUUCCAGGACUGCGAGGCGGGGCUGCUGGUGGAGCUGGUGCUGAAGCUGCGGCCCGCUGUGUUCAGCCCUGGGGAUUACAUCUGCAAGAAGGGGGACAUCGGGAGAGAGAUGUACAUCAUCAAGGAGGGCAAGCUGGCAGUGGUGGCUGACGAUGGGGUCACCCAGUUCGUGGUCCUAAGUGAUGGGAGUUACUUUGGGGAGAUCAGCAUCUUAAACAUCAAGGGAAGCAAGUCGGGGAACCGCAGGACAGCCAACAUCAGGAGCAUCGGUUACUCGGACCUCUUCUGCCUCUCCAAGGAUGACCUGAUGGAGGCCCUGACCGAAUACCCUGAAGCCAAGAAGGCCCUGGAGGAGAAGGGACGGCAGAUCCUGAUGAAGGACAACCUGAUCGAUGAGGACCUGGCCAAGGCCGGGUCGGACCCCAAGGACAUCGAGGAGAAGGUGGAGUACCUGGAGUCCUCCCUGGACACCCUGCAGACCAGGUUUGCACGGCUCCUGGCCGAGUACAAUGCCACUCAGAUGAAGGUGAAGCAGCGUCUCAGCCAGCUGGAGAGCCAGGUGAAGACCUGUGGGAGAAGCUUCCAGUCUGAUGGGGAGGCUCCUGGGGAUGCUACAAAAACAGAGGACAAACAACAGUGA